CUCCAAGGGAUAAGAGAGAGCCUGAAAUUUCCAACGGUGUCUCUUUCACUCUAUGAUGACACGGGAACCGGAAGUAAUUGAGAGGAAUCGGUGAAGCCGCAGAGACCCCUGUUCGGAUCGCAAUCCCUCCUGGUGAUUAGCUUUUGUUUAACUUGGUUGGAUGUAAACCUCUUUGCCGUUUUAGCUCUGUUGCCCAAUUAUGACACUAACGUGAGAAGGUUUUUCUUGGAGGGUCGUACUCCAAGAAAUGGAGAGUUAUGAUCCUUCCACUAUGGACGAGCCAUCCAGUUCUGGACGAAAGAUCAUCCUUCACCCCCUCUAUGUCACGAAUUCAUCGCCUUAGUUUGAUCUGAGGGUAUUUUAGGUGAGGGUAAGUAACUGCCAGAUCGAUGAAUCAACACCUGAGCAGCUUACUGUUAAUCACAUUCUACUUACUCCCGACACCAUCUUAGAAGUGACCGGUAGAAGAAGUAGCAUUUACUCUGAUUAUGUUUCUUCUUCGCUUCAAAGGGAUAGGGUUGAUAAUAGAUCAGAGGAAGCCACAUUUGUGAGCACAGAUAGGGUCGAUAAGAGAUUGUCUGGUGCUUGCUGGUGUCCUGGAACUGUGUAACUCUAAUGGUUAUAGUGGGGAAAUGAAGAAACAGAACAAGAAAUGGAGCAUGAAUUGUCUAUCUGUAGUCUCAGCCAGUACGAGCUUUCUGAAAAAUAAGCAAAUUACGAGUGCAGAGAUGAAUUUGCCUACAUUUGAGCAUCAGGUGAAGGUUAUGCUGGAUUCCAUGCCGGAGGAUGACACAACAGAAUUGAAGAAAGAAAUGGAUACUGAGGAUGCUUUGCAGUUAUCAGAAGAUCGAGGCCACAAACAAGAAACUGAUUUGGACAUUGACUAUGGCGACAUAUACAUGAGAGCUGAGUUUCUGGAAGAAGACAGUGAACUUUCAUGGUUCAAUGCUGGAGUGAGAGUAGGCGUGUGGAUUGGUCUUGGUAUUUGCCUUGGCAUUGGAAUCAGUGUUGGUUUGUUGGUCUGCUCCUAUCAAGCCACCACCCGAAACUUCAAGAGGCGGCUCAUCCGAUGCUGGGACAAAAACUUUCAUAGUUGCAGCAGUUAUCAGAAUCACAAUCACCUGUCUCUGUUUAGAACCCUUGUUUGAUGAAGCAGGUAACAUGUUCUCCUCCAUGGUACACAUUCUGCUGUGAAUGUGUCCAGAGCAGGUUUUGGUUUCUCACAUUGAAUAGUCGUGGUGUUUUGCUUGAGAAUAGAGGUUUUUUCAGGCAUUUGAGAUUCUUAUGGCAGCAUAUGCAUUCUCCUUCAGCAUCAGUCCAUGAGACCACACCUCUGCACCACUAGGUAGGAAGUUAUAUUACAUUCUUGUACAGGUCAUUUCAAUUUUUUUAAGCCAUGUCCACCAUUAUUGCUAGGCAAUGGAUGCUUUGAAAAUAGUCAUUUCAUCAACUCUUGUAGCAGUAUCAUCCCUCAUUAGAACAAAGUCAAAAUGGACCAUGUAGCUUUGACUUAAACAAAUCCUACCAGGAUAUGAAUCUGAUGGGACUCGAUCAGGCGUGAUGUAGAGCAUAUUAAUUUUAUAUGGAUGAAACCAUUGCAUUUUGUCUGA